UUUAUGUACAUGCACACACACACACACACAUAAACACAUGCAUAUAUAUUAUUAUAUGUGAAUUUCUUUAAAUGUCUACACAUAGAUCUAUCUAUAUUUUCUAAAUGUAUUGAUACCUAAAAGUAGUGAAUAUGGCUUCAAAAUGCCGGAAAUUUGUACCUAACAUCUUCAAUAAGAGCAAAUGUCAAAAUUGUUUCGCUGCCAAGGAUUCCCACUCGGCACAGGCACUCGAAAAUAAUAAGGCUUCAAGAAGGGCAUCAAUAUGGGGCUAUCUUUUCAUUGCUCCUGAUUUGGACUUUGCCAAUCCUUUGGAUAAAACUAAAAGAUGGCAGAGGAGAUUUUUUGUUCUUUACGAUGAUGGUGAGCUAACAUAUUCUGUGGAUGAAAAUCCGGACACAGUGCCACAAGGAGAAAUUGAUAUGAACAAAUGUGUUGAUGUCUAUGACGCCGAAAAUCACACUGGACAUCAAUUCUCAUUGGCUGUAGUGAUUCCUGAGAAAAUCUACUACAUUAAGGGCACACUCAAAGAGGAAAUCUCAAGGUGGUUUGAAAUCUUAGUUGUUUAUCCAAGAAGUAUCAAAACGACAAAACGAAGAAUUGUUACACCAGUUUUCAGAAGUGACCGAGAAGGUCCACAGUCUUUGUCUUCGGAAGAUUCUGUAAAUACUCAUGGUUCUCAAACUGGCAGACAAUCUGGUUAUGUUGGAUUGAUUCGAAAUGCACGAUCGUUUGAUAGAUUUGACAUUGAUAAACUCAAAACUCCGAACACUUACCGCGGUGUCCGUAGUUUGAAGCACAAAAAUGACAAACACUACAAUGAGGGGUUGCGCAAAAGCAACAGUUUGCAUGAUUUAAGUUUGAGCACAGAAAUAACACCAAGUAACCUUGAGGCAUCCAAAUUCCUUAGCCGUUCCGGAGAUAACCUGAACUUCAUUCCAAUGGAAAAUGAUUAUGAUGAUGAUGAUGAUAAUGCUUUUGAAAUCAAAAACUCUAGGGACGGUGACAGAUCUGAAGAUGUGUCAAAAAAUGAAACUAAAAUUGCUUCUAAAAUUUCUAAAAGUAAUGUUACUUAUAGAUAUAGUUCUGGUGAUAAACCGAAUCACAGAUCUCAACUCAAUAGCUUUGAAGAAAAGCAGGUAUCGUCUGUCCAACCACGUGGUUCUCUAAAUCGUUCGUCCAGUCUUCGUGAGAAAUCUCCAGAGAACAAAGAAUUUUUGUAUUCCAGGACACCUUCGAUGGCUAAAUCUUCAGAAAUGAAUUCCGUAUCAAAACAAAAGGACAUGAAACAGGAGAGGAAGAUUGAGGAUAUGAUGUAUAUGAAGCAAGGCUGGCUGAUAAAACAAGGCAGCACUGAGAAAGACUGGAAGAAACACUGGUUUGUUUUAGAUGCCAAUUCUUUACGCUAUUUCAAAGAUGCAAAAGCUGAAGAAAAGGGUUUCGUUGAUGGUAAAAUAGACUUGUCGACUUGCUACAGUGUUGUGGAGGCAAAUGCCCCACGUAACUAUGGUUUCUGCAUCAAGAACCAAAAUGGAGAAUAUGUCCUAACAGCAAUGACAUCUGGGCUUCGGAAGAACUGGAUGCAAGCCAUAAAGAAAUCAAUGGAUAUGAUUAAUAAGAAAGAGCACACAAAACCCGUUCGCAGGCACCAUUCCGAUGUCAAUCCCAGCAAUGUCGGCCGAGCUUUUAUCAUCCGAGACAUGAGCACUAACAGUUGUUCUAAUUAUUUCAGUCCCAUUGACAGCAGCAACAUCAAGGCUAGUAGAGAUGGGUUUAGUCAACAAAAUUCUCUAUCUUCCAGUGACUACCAUAAUAUUGACUACUCAUUACCAUCAACUAACCAAAAAUCUGGUAGUAGUAGCAGUAUUAGUAACUUAAGCAGCAACAGCAGUGCUUGGUAUACUCCAAUUGGUCGCUAUGUUGAAGGUAGUGACAAUGCUCUUCUCAGUGGAGACCUCCACAAGAAGACACUCGAGAGGCAAGAGUCGAAAUAUACGAUGAAAUCGCCCAGUGCCAGGCUUAAAGAUAAGUCCAGAUCCAAACUCCCUAAACUACUCUCUCCACCUCCUGAAACUGACCAGAGUGGUUUCAGUGUGGACUCCACCUACUCCCACGAUAUAGAUUCCGGUGGCUCGGAAGAGUACGAACAUUCCGCAGGUCUGGAUCAUAAUGUUUCCCCUUUCCUGGAUUCUCCUGAAGAACAACCCACAGAUCCACUAACAUCAGGUGAUGGGAUGCUCGUUGAUUUGCUUGAAACUGAGGUGGAGACUUUACAGAAGAGACUUGAACACACUGCUGAGGAACUGGUCCAAAUGCACCAGAACAACAUUGAUUUAAUGAGUCAACUACGGACAGUGUACAGCGAGAAGGACAUCAGUAACGCCACCCCUGACACUAACCUUUCAGCUCCACAGGUUCAGACCUUGAGGCGGCAACUGAAAGAAGCACGAGAUGAUAUACAACAGCACAAGGCUGAAAUUGAAUCUCUCAAGUCAAAAUUAGAUAUGUCUGUAUCGAAACUUACUGGCACAGAAAAGGCGUUGUCAGAGGCUCUAAAAGAACUAAAACAAGAGAAAGAACAUUGCACUAAGAUUUCUUCUGAAUGGACAAAAAGAAUGAAAAAUGUUGAGGCUCAACUUCGAGAAACUUCUCAGAAGCUUGAAAAAGGUCGGGAGGUAUUGCAAGCCAAAGAGAAAGAAUGUAAACGACUGGAGACAGAGGUGAAGUUGAAUAUGCAAAAACUCAGAGAUAGCGAAAGAGAAGUAAUUAAAUUAAAAGCUGUUGAAAAUGAAUAUCGGCAAGCUAAAGAGAAGCUUGACAAUAGCAACAGGGAGCUGGAAUGUUUGCGUAAAACUGUGAAAGAGAAGGAUCUUCAUUGCCGUAAACUGGAAGAUCAUUUGAAAGAAAUGAAACAUGAAUAUCAGCAGGAAAAGAGAGACAUGAGAGAGAUGUCAAUGAGUCAGUCAUUAUCUAGUGAUAUAUCUGCUAUACUUACUGAGAAAAAUGAUAUAAUCAACCAACUGGAGGAAAAACUAAUAGAAAGUCACAAUAAAAUCGAAGAAUUAACUGAUGAGAUGCAGAAUGAAAUUACAAAAGGGUCAGCUCUGAAACCCCAUUUGGAUACAGCCCUUAAGGAUAACAUGUAUUUAAAGCAACAGUUACAAUCUAUCGAGAAAACAUUAAUGGAUUUACAAAAGAAGAUGGACACGGACGAGAAGGAGAAAGUUGUUCUUAAAAAACAAGUGGAUGACCAACAGCGCGAGGGCAAAAUGCUAUUGGUCAAGCUUGAAAAAGAAUGUUCACAGAAGUCUCAAUUGUAUGACCGCAACCAAAAUUUGGAAGGCAUGAUGCAACAUUUGAAUAACCAGCUCCAAAAUCAUCGCAUGAAUGUCGACAAACUUGUGUUGGAAGCCCUGAAAGAGAAAGACAGCAUUUACAAACAGAAAUUGUCCGAAAUAUCAACAAGUUUAACAAGUGGUCAGAGUCUUGUAAGUAUGGUUAAUUCUAUCUUGCAACAAAUUAUGGACACCCAAAAGAAAGACUACAGCCAUGUACUAGCUUCAGCUAUUUCGUCAGCAUCUGAACUUGAAAGUUGUUUAUGUACGGCACAAUCUGUCAUAGAAGAUUUACCUCCCUUGACCAGCUCUGACGUUUCCGGCACGGCAGCAAAAGACUCGUGUAAUAUCGAUGACAUUAAACAACAACUCAACCAGGCCAAGCAAGAAAACAAGAACUUACUCAAAGAACUUGACGAUGCAUAUAGCGAGUUCAACCUUUUAAAAGUAGAAGAGCAGACACUUCGAGAGAGAGUGAAACAACUAGAAGAUGACUAUAGCUUGAAAUUAAAGAUACUGUCAGGGAAAAUUGAAGAUCUCACGAGUAAACUCGGUUCAACUGUGAAACACAUGGAGACGGACUCACAUCCAGUGAGUGAGUCUUCAAAGGACAUAGAAAGCAAACUAGAGGACUUAGAAAAGCGUAUCCUUUUUGUUGGAGAUAUGAUGAAAUCGCAACAUUUGCAUUCUAGAGUCCUAAGCAGACAACUUUUGCGAUCAAUGAAUGAGUUUGAAGAAAGCGAUUCUUCUGACGAUUCAGACCAGAGUGAAUCAUCUCAAGAACUCUCUGAUAGUUUCAAUUCUGAUUCUGAAGAUUAUGAAUUUUCAGAUCCUAAUAUGUCUUCAAUACAAGACAUGAACAACCAUAUUCCUUCCACAAAUAAACUUCAUAGUUUGCCUCCAAAAUAUGGCAAGAAUAGUCCGAAUUGGCAGCCUUCAAAGAAAGGUUCUCUUUUUCAACGCUUACAGCUCUGUGAGGAAACCACGCUGCACCUCAGUGAACAAUUAACAAAGGAUAAACAAGAGAUACCGGAACUUCCUGAAAAACGAACUCUUGAUGAGGUUAAGUUGGCCUUUCAUAAUUGUAUGAGUCAAGUUAUGAAGAAAUUAGCUGAUGUAAAUGAGGAAGUGAGGGCAAUCGAGUCUGCUGCUACAAAACAACAGACAAAUAAAUUAACUCCAAGAAUCAAAGACAAACUCUGCUACAUGAUUCGUUACAUCCAACAUGUGCAGAAUUUAACCAAAGAGGAAUGGCACAUUUUGGGUUCCCUCUACUCAAAGAAAGUUACUAUUGAGAAACAACUUAAAGAAAAAUGGGAAACCAUUGAAAGUAACAGUGAAGACACAAGUCAAAAAAUAAUUAUUUAUGCUGAAAAACUGGCUUUACAAAUUGUCAUUCUUGGUGAAUUAUCCCAUCUACUUCAGAACAAUUACCUCAGUAACCGUUGUCCAGAUCCACUUUGGAAAGAAAUAAAUGAAGUGAAUCAACUAUUUCUUCAGUUAAAGGAGAAAGUCAUAAAAGACCUGGAUGACUGUUCUUUGGAUAAUGAUGCUCAAGUUCUUUGUAAUUAUGUCGAAAUGUUGGCACAGAAAAUUAUUGUUGAAGGUCAUCUUAUGUCUAGCAUGAGAUCUCAGGGCACAGUAGCUGAACAUGCAGAAAAAAUCAAGGAUCUUUCUGAAAUUCCAUCCCUGGCUAUUGAAGCAAUUUCGCGGAGUCUGUCUUGUGAGUACAUGGAACAUCAGUUCCAGUAUCUCGGAGAUCAACUUGAGAAGUUUUCAGGUCAUUUCACUGCACAAGUUUUAUUACAAGGUGAGAUGACUUUCGCUCUUAUAAAUCUGAAGGACCAAAUUACACAAGAAAUGAGCAACAAGUCUUUUGAUUUUUUUGUCGAAGAAUCGAAAAGUGCUUUUGUCAAAUUAAAAGAUGAGAAGAAACUAUGUCAAGACCUUGUAUGUAAAUAUAAAGAUAAAAAACUCCAUCAAAUACAGGAGAUCUUGAAGCAGUCUCCAGGUCAACAAAAUAUGAUCCUGGAAGUUAGUCAAGUCCACAGACUUUUACAAGGUCAUAUCAAACAGUACGAAGAAAUGCUCGACCUCAGUUUACCAACAUCUAGGAAAUGCCAAAUCAUUCACCAAUCUCUCUUAAAUGAACAAGAAUCAUUCAUGAAAACAAUGCAAAGCUUAUUACAGGGAAACCAUCAAGGAGAAGCCUCUGACAAAGACUAUGUUGAUAAUAUUAAGGCUCACUUGGUGGAGCUUGCUGAUGUCUUAGUACUAAAUGCAACAAUACGAGGGCAGCUUACUUAUAUUUCAGAAUUGUAUGAAAAUAAAUUUGGUUCCAGUUCCGAAAGUCAUGAAGAACGAAGUGUGGAACUUAGUAUAUCUGAUGAUGAACGUCGAUGGGAAACUUUAAUGAAAAAAUUAGGCGGUGUCCUAAAGACCAACGCCAAAUUAAAGGAGCAGACAGUGCGUGAGUUACUUAAUCAAUCAAAUACAACAGGGAAUGAACAGAAAGUGCAAGAAAUUAAAAAACUUCUUGAUUAUGUUUCGUCUACUGAAAAUUAUUUUCCUAAUUGCUUGGCCAAUUUUUCUCAACAAGUAAUUCGGGAGUCAGUGUUUCAAGCCCAGAUGUGUUACUUGAUGGAAAAAUUAAAACUAGAAUACAGUGAAGAGUUAAGUCAAAUGAAACUUAGCUCAAACAUCUCCUCUGCUAAAGACCUGCAACUGCGGGACAGCAAGCAGCCUUCGGUAGAUGUGCAGGGCAUGUUAAAAGGCUUUGAAGAAAUCAUUGAACAUUACCACAGAGAUGAAAAGAAUGUCAUUAGUGCCUUGAAACGAGAGAUUGAUUCUUUAAAAUUUGAAACUCAGGGAGUGCAAGAAGGUUGCAAUGAAUGUGAUUGGGCCAGAAAGCAAAUCGAAAACUUGGAAGUAGUCUUUGUAAAAGAAUGCCAGUCGGUUAACGAUAUGCAUAAAAACCAUGUAGAUAGCAUAAGAAAGGAAAUUACAUCGACCUGCAAUAAAAUGAGUAAAUUAAUCAAAGAAAAAGAUCAAGAUAGAGAUGUUUUAGUGUCGGAUUAUGAAGACAGAAUUGCACAUUUGCAAGAUGACCUUGAUUGCAUGGUGGAUGAACGAGAAGCUGAGCUUGAACAAGUUAAAAUGGACAUCACAACGGCUGUUGGUGCCAUUCAGGCCAGUGAACAUCAGACUGAAGCUCAGUUGCGGGAUCAAGUUAAUCAACUAUCACGAAACAUGGCUGUACAAAAAAAUUAUUUUAAUACUUUAGUUGAUGAAGUCAAAUCAAAAAUAUCCGACAGUAAAUUAAUUCAGAAAAUUGAACAAUUCCAAGAAAAUCUCCAAAGUUCUUCCAAUACUGAAGUAGUGAUUCCUGAAGACAAGGUAGACGGUGUCAUAAAUGAGGCCGAUGUCAGUUUCACAAUUCUUGGUAAUUUUGAACAUGCUAAUGAAGAUGUCACCACUCCUCCAGCAAGCCAGGUAGACCAACCGGUAGCAAACCCUUCAGAAGACGAACAACAGAUCAGAGAGAAAGAAGACAAAGAAAUUAAAGCCGCUCUUGAAUCAAUGCGUAAAGCCUAUGAUGAUGAUCUUGACAGAGAGAAGAACCAAUUCCGUGAAGCUCUGAAGACUAUGUAUACAGAAGACUACGUCAAUGAGAUACGCAGCCGUCACGAAUUUGAAGCCAGUCGACUUCAAGAAGAACUAAAAACAUUAAAUUUGCAUUAUGUCAGUAAAUGUGAAGAUUACAAAAUGUUAGAUGAACGCCUGACCAAAUCCAAGCAAGACCAAUAUGAACAGAUAGAGAAAAUCUUGAAUGAUAAUAAACAUUUGGAAUCCUUAUUGGGUGGAGAAAUUGCUGAACUGAAAGAAUUGAUGAAGAAACGAAGUCCUAAGGGUCUCCCUGCUGGAAGUUCUUCUCUUGAAGAAGAUCUAUAUGAGGCUCAGAUAAUGAUCCGAAUGAAAGAUGCAGAUCUCCAGAAACUAAAGUCUCAGGUGACAACGGGGGAGGUAAAACUUCAGAGAAUCACAGAGGAGCACAAGCAGAUGAUAUCACAGUAUCUGACAAGUAAGAAACUGUACAACGUAGUCCAAGAUGAGAACAUAUGCCUUAAAGCUAAAUUAGAAAAGGCCAUGGAAGAAGCCAAACCUGAUCAAAGCAGCCUUCAAAGACGACAGCAACCUGUUCGAAGAGUUCCUUCAUUCCACCACCGUGCCAGGAGUCCAAGCCCUAGUCAUUAUACAAGCCAGAGGAAAGAGGAACAUAUCAGCCGAGACAGCCACAAAGGGAGGCGAUAUCAGUACAAAGAUAUUCGCCGCUCAAAGAGCAGUCCUUCAUUACCAUUUGUAUUUGGUUCAAAGCAAUUACUUGGAGAGAAAAGUUUAUUGAGCAAUAAAGAAAGCUUUAGUUCCACGGUAUCGAGCAGCCGAAGGUGACAACGCUACUGUUGCUGGUCUUUGCCUUUAGCCUAAGCUCGAUCAUUCUGAAAAAACAUUCCACCAAUUUCUGAAGCUGCCAACACAAGGGCCACGAAACUGGACGGACUGCGAAUAAUUAAUUUAUCAAAAUGGAAAUGAUGAUGAUGUUGAAUAUCUAAACUCUAUUUGAACACAGACAAAUAUUUUAUUUAUAAAUAUAAAAGAAAGAAAAAGAAAAACAUAUUUUUUAAGAGAUGUAAAACUUCAAGAUCUUUGUGAAUUUCCUUUGGAAUUUUUGGAUGCAGUGAAAGAAAAACAUACUCGUAAUGUAAAUUCUUGGUUUUAUUUCUUGGCAGCAAUUCUCGAAAGCCUAAGAAGUAAUAAGGCAAUUUAAUUGGUGCCAAUGUUGGAGAUACAUACACACACAAACACCCAGUUCCCCCACCCCCACUUCCUGCCCAUCCGUGACAUUGCUGCCUGGUUCUGUUAGAGCUGCUGUCCUCAGAUCUUCUUUUGGUUUCAAUCAAUUCCUACACCAAAAAAAUAAACACACAUAUAUAUGCAUAUACUAUAUAUGUUUGGUAUGUAUGUGGGUGUGAGUAUGUGUAUAUAUGCAUGCAUAUAUAUAUGUUUGUGUAAAUGUGUGUAUGUAUGUGCGUGUGUGUGCAUGGCAGCUACAAACACUAACAGGAUCCCAUUAUUUAAAAUUCUGCCAUACUGGAGGAAUGAGGAGGACCCGACCAUAAGAAAGCUACAGCACCUUUCUAGAUUUCUUGAAGGGGCAGGGAGUAGGAUGGAGUGUGGAGGUAAUGUUGCUGCUGACCAUUUACUUACAGACACACAGACAGAGAGAAUGGGAUUUAUAAUUUAUUACAGAGAUGACCAAGCUAAAAAUCAAAUAUAUAUAUAUAUACACACACACACGUACACACUCGCCUUUCAUUUCUCUCCUUUGGUAUACAAAAGACAAUUAUUAUCAGAAACAUACUUGCUCCAACUUAAGCAGGAGUGUUAAAGUUAAAGCAAUAUUGUGUGGAUUGCAUAGGAAAAUAGCCAUAUUUUAAAGAUUCUUGCUUCAGCAAGAGGGGAAGGGGUCCCAACUUUCUUCAAAAAUGUCAAGUAAAACACCUUUGUCAAGAAAAGAUUUUUCAUAUGGGUCCUCACCCCCAAAAGAAACAUCUAGAUGUGAAACAAAGCUUAAAAUCUUGCCAUUAACCAAUAAAUCUCUUUCCCAAUUGUAUUUUUUAAUGCAGUAAAUUCAAAACUGUAUAGGUUCUCUUGGAGGAUUACAGCAGCUUUUGGCGAUUAUUUUGUUUCUAUUAUCUUCUUAGAACUGUGACUUUCUCUAAAAGCCUUUAGCAUUCAGAUUACUCACCCAAAUGCAUUGUUUGAAUUAAUCGUGUAUUAUCUCGUAGCUUCGAGAUUUUGAUAUGACUGUUUAUUUUUAGAAUGACAGUGUAGGGUAGAUGUGAGAGAUUGGAUCUGGCCAAUUUUGGACAUAAAACAACUGAAAUAUUUGGGCCAGAUUAAAUGCUAAAGGACUAAACCUUUGUUAAUUAGGUGAAGGUUUAGUCGGUCACUGACCGAGAUCUGGGGCAGAGGCCACAUUUGCACAUGUAGCUAUAUAAUAGCAUCUUAGUCUGUUCUUUCUUGUAGACUAGAUAGCUAACAACUGGUCUAUGUCACUAAGGAAGCUGUUUCUCAGAAACAAGUAAUAAAACCCUUGAAGAACAUUGCAUAAGCUGAUCUUUAUAUCUCCUGUACCAACUGUUAUAGAGGUACUUCAUUAAAUUUACAAAGAGGAACAAAGAAAAGCAAACCUUAUUGUAUGUUCCAAAUGUUUGUCAAUUUUUAAUGACUGUAAUAUUUGUUAAAAAUGUUAGUUUUUAGCUUUAAAAGUAAUUAAAUAUGAUGACACUGCUCAGUAUUUUGUUCUUUGGUAGAAUUGAUAAAGCUUUUCUCUUGAGCUGCCAGGAAUUGUUUUCGUAUCUAAGUAUUUGCGGCAGUCAGUAGAGGGAGUGGGGUUAUUGUAAUAUUUAUUAUUGCUUUCAAAAUCUGGCAUGAAGCCAGCAAGUUUGCGGAGUGGGGAGAAAACAAUUCCAUCAACUCCAAGUCAUGUAUUGCUACUUCUUUUGUUGACCCUGAAAGAAUGAAAGGCAAAAUCAACCUCUGCGGAAUUUGAACUCAGAACGUAAAGACAAAAUGUUUUAUAGCACUUCUAGCUCUUCACGUUCCAAGUUCAAAUGGCACUAAGGUCGACUCUACUUUUCAUCAUUCAAGGGUUCAGUAAAAUAAAGUAUCCAGAUGAAUGCUGGGGGAUGGGGGUGGGUUAAUGUAAUCAACUCACCCCGUCCCUCUCAAAAUUACUGGUUUUAUACCAAAAUUUGAAACCACUACUAUGAACAGUAAUCUAUCAUAAAUUCUGUUUUUGAAGUACUUAAAUAUUCUAUCCACAAUUCUCACAAGAAUGAAUGAGAGAAGGUACAUUGAUCAUUCAAUCUUCUUUGGCAAUCCAAACAGUACUGUUUAGUUUGUUCCUGUGUUUCAAUUAAAUUUUACUUGAAAAAAACAAACGUUUACCACCAUAUUUCGAAUUCGUGUUUCAGGAAUUUACUCUUUGUGAGAGGUGGAUGGAGGGAGAACCUAUCAUGCUUGAUAAGAAGCAAACUUCUAGAUACAGGGUUCAAUAUAGCUUGUUGGCAGCAGCGCUGUUGUUACAAUAAAGAACAAGCCAGUUGUUAUUUGAAGAUGACAUUAUCUUCAUUGCUUGCAGAGAUUUGAAACUUUAAAAUAUUUCUAUUUACAAAUUCGUUGUACUCCUGAAAGUGAUGUUGGCUUUCUAAUUAAAUUAAUUAGUUCAGAAGCGAAACAGAAAAGCUAAAAUGCGAUAAAAACUUCCCUCCAAAUUAACUUUACCACUAUUUAUAAACCAUUAUUAUUAUUAUGUUCAGAGGCUAUUUAUUUAUCAUUAACAGGGCCAGUAUAUCCUCUAUCAAAACACACCAUACUCUAACUAAUGUAAUUAAAGUUUUUUUUUGGGGGGGGGGGGUCCUCCAUAUAGAUCACAAAAAAAAAAUUCACUCAAAAUAAGUUAUGUUCAAUUUAUUAUAAAUCUAACUUCUCUUGGGUUUUUUCACCCCUACCUUUCUACAAAUUACUAAUACUAUGAUUACUGAUAACCGUUAAAAAUCCAUUAUUAUUUUGAAAACUGUUGGCCUUUUUUGGAGGCCACAAAAUACAGCUUUUGCCCACUCUUUCCAUUACAAACCAAAGCCGUUUCUUAACACCCAAAACUAAUCAUGUUUCUUCCAUCAGCAAAUAAUGUUCAGUUCACCAAAACAUCCAUAACAACAAGACUACAGUUUUAUGUUUUGUUACUUUUUUUUUUUUUUUCCGUAAUAGUAAAUAUCUUAGAAACACUGCUGCUGUGGCUGAGAUUUAUUCAUUUAAAGGUUGAUUCAAUAAAAGACAUAUGUUUCAAAUAAAAUCUCA